CGCAGUUUGUUGAGUGAAAUACCCAAAAUGGAUCUGCGCUUGGCCAUAUCAAGUGCGGCCAUUAUUUUAUGUUUCAUUUGCAGCCCCCAAGAAGCAGACGGACAUAAUACUUUAUCGCACGCCAAAAGAUCUCGGUCUGUUCGCGAAAUAAACGAAUUGGACUAUGAGGACUACGAGACUGAGAGCGAGGAGAAGCCUGCGGUCGCUCCACAUCCAGGCAUGUGCUUCAUGUGGAGUGACUCGCAUGUGAAAACCUUCGACGGCGAAAUCUUCAGCUUCAAGUCACCAUGCGCUUUUACGUUAAUAAGCGACAACGUCGACAACACGUUCAGUAUUAACGUAGAAGAGGCCGCGGAAUGCGCCGAGGGACCAGACCACUGCUACAAAGUCAUUAAGAUAUACCUGCAGAAUAGGGAGUACAUUUUGAGUCGUACAUAUGACGGACUUCCCGUUCUUACCAACAAUGGAAAGAGCCUUCCCAUUCCAAGCCGACUACCUGGUCUCAUCACCGACAUAUCAGCCCAUUACAUUAUCGCCAGCAUCGACGUUCUGGGUCUGCGAUUGAGAUGGGACACCCAAUCAUUUAUCCAGGUGGACGUCGGCGAGCGGUUGUGGAACAAGACGUCGGGACUCUGCGGCUUGUACGACGGUGACGAGUACAAUGACUUGAUCGGUAGAAAUGGACUGUUCUUCAAGAAUAUCGCGACGUUGGUUAAGAGCUGGCAGGCGGAUCCCGUUGGAGUCACCUGCGAGGACCAACCGGAACAAGAGGAUUUGUGUACAAGGGCCACGUUAAAAUCAUCCGCCCAGAACUUUUGCACGCAGAUACUGAAUGACAAACGGUUCGAAGCUUGUAGAAAGACCGUCGCGAAAAAUUCACACAUAGCGACUGCUUUGGUAGAUCGCCAGUUCAUGAAGAAAUAG